AAAGCAGCAGCCGGUGUUGCCGGCGCCACUGCGCCAACAGCAGUCUGCGUUUCCUGCUUUAUAUGAGAAGCGCGAGUGGAGAGUAGACUCCACCAUGGAUAUCCGACCAAACCACACCAUUUACAUCAACAAUAUAAACGAUAAAGUCAAGAAAGAAGAGCUGAAGCGGUCGCUCUACGCGCUCUUCUCUCAGUUCGGUCAGAUAGUCGACAUCGUGGCCAUGAAGACCAUGAAGAUGAGGGGACAGGCCUUCGUCGUCUUCAAAGAGCUCACAGCCGCCACCAACGCGCUGAGGCAACUGCAGGGCUUCCCCUUCUACAACAAGCCCAUGAGGAUACAGUACGCAAAGACUGACUCCGAGGUCAUUGCCAAGGUGAAAGGCACGUACGGCGACAAGGACAAAAAGAAGGAGAAGAAGAAGAAAGCUCAGGAGCCGGCAUCUAGCCUGACAAAGAAACCAGCAGCGGGAUCAGCAGCACCUGUGCACUCCCCCGCAACACAGGUGCCGGACAACCCACCGAACUACAUCCUGUUCCUCAACAACCUGCCUGAGGAGACCAAUGAGAUGAUGCUCUCCAUGCUGUUCAACCAGUUUCCUGGUUUCAAAGAGGUGCGGCUCGUCCCGGGGAAACACGACAUCGCCUUUGUGGAGUUUGAAAGCGACACGCAGGCGGGCGUGGCUAAAGACGCGCUGCAGGGCUUCAGAAUCACGGCGACCUGCGCCAUGAAGAUCACAUACGCCAAGAAGUAGUUCCCGGGUUUGAUCGAUGGACACAAAGAGACUGAGUGGGAGAGGGGCGGUCCCUGGAUUUCCGUUGUGUUUCCAGAUCCUUUAGAUUUUUGUAAAUCCAACAGAGCUUUUUUUUGAAGGUUUUUUUUUUUUUUUUUUUUUUUGUUUGGUAAAUUCUGUCCUUCAUGAGGUCGAGCAAAAAAUCUCUGGCCUACAUCUUGUUUUGUUAAAUAAAAGGCUUUUACAUAG